CCGGACUCAUCCGGUACUAUAAAGGUGGCCACGAGUUAGUACUGUAAGCGAGAGUCCAUCUUGGAAAGCGGCAUUUUCAGCGCCAAUAUUUUACAGUAAUCUAAAGCUACCAAAAUGGCCGACGCAGAGCAUCAGUUCAUGGAAACCUCCGAGAACGGGAAUGAGGAGAGUCUGAACGGAGCAGAGCUCGCGGAGGAGGCCGCGGAUGAGGAGAGCGGAGCCGGCGAGGGAGGACAGAUCAACGCCAGCAGAGGCGAGGAAGAUGCCGGUAAAAUGUUUGUUGGAGGACUCAGCUGGGACACCAGUAAGAAAGACCUAAAGGACUACUUCUCAAAGUUCGGCGAGGUGAUGGACUGCACCAUAAAGAUGGAUUCAAACACCGGCCGGUCACGAGGGUUUGGGUUCAUCUUGUUCAAAGAAGCAGAAAGUGUGGACAGGGUGCUGGAGCAAAAGGAACACAGGCUAGACGGCCGACAGAUCGAUCCCAAGAGAGCCAUGGCUAUAAAGAAAGAGCCCGCCAAGAAGAUCUUCGUCGGUGGCCUUAACCCUGAAACCACAGAAGAGAAGAUCCGUGAAUACUUCGGGGCCUUCGGAGAGAUUGAAACGAUUGAACUUCCAAUGGAUCCAAAGACAAACAAAAGGCGGGGCUUCGUCUUCAUCACUUUCAAGGACGAAUCUGCUGUCAAAAAGAUCCUGGAGAAGAAAUACCAUAAUGUCUGUGGAAGCAAGGUAAUGAACGGAAAGGAAGACCUGUGCGAGAUCAAAAUCGCCCAGCCCAAGGAAAUCUACCAGCAGCAGCAGUACGGCGCCCGCGGAGGCUUCGGGGGUCGUGGCAGGGGUCGCGGGGGCCCAGGCCAGAACUGGAACCAGGGCUAUAACAGCUACUGGAACCAGGGCUACGGGAACCAAGGCUAUGGCUACGGUGGCCAGCAGGGCUAUGGUGGUUACGGAGGCUAUGGCAACUAUGACUAUUCUUCUGGCUACUAUGGAUAUGGUGGUGGUGGUUAUGAUUACGACCAGGGCAAUACAAGCUAUGGGAAAACACCAAGACGUGGAGGCCACCAGGGUGGCUACAAGCCAUACUGAUCAUGCAGAACAGGACUAAAGUAUUCCCAAAAACCAGGAGUCUGACCGUGACGACAACAGCAGUUCACACACCUGCGGGCUCUUUCCUUUUACCGGAUGAGAUCAUGACCCAUUUGUACAGAACAGAUGAAUAGGGGAAGCAAUGUCACACUUCCACAUUUUUAUUUUUAUUUUAUUUUCCUUUUGUCCACAUUUCCAGAGAUGGAAGUGUUAUUUUUACUGUACUUUUUGGUACCUUUUUUGAAUAAUGUAUUGUAUGGUUGUAUUUUACAUGUCUACUGGAUUUGCCACAUGAGGUUCGGGAGCUGCCAGAGCUUUUGAAAUAAAACAAUUUUGAGUAAAUUUUUCUCAAUGUUUCCAGA